GCCGCUGUUCUCUUGCACUUAUUCUUCUUCUUGUGCUUCUCGAUUAAGUGCACGAUUCUUGCUCAAUCUCUUGGCCGUAGUAUUCCGGAUGUUUUCACUAAUUAAACCGAUCUCGUUCGAGAGAUGUAAUGGCUUCAAAAAGAUGCAUUUUUUGUUAGAUAAUGGUUCGAAAAGUUCAGAAUCAGGCCGUGAUUUCUUAACCUCCGUUUUACCCCUUUUCAAGUACGUCUCAUCUAUGAUUGUUGAUGAAACCCUAAGAAAAGGUUAUAGUAAGUGUAUUCGAAGCCCAUACUGUCGCUGAUCCAGUCAAGUAAAUCUACUGUUCCAUUGCCUGAAACUUGGAUUUGAGGAUGCUUCAUGUCUAUGAAUGCUCUCCAUAACAUCUAAUACAUUGAGAAUUCUUCUCGUUGAGAUUUCAAGAGGGUGAAAUCAUGUCUGGAGGAAUAGCACGCGGUCGUCUUGCGGAAGAACGCAAAGCGUGGCGUAAGAAUCACCCCCAUGGUUUUGUGGCCAAGCCAGAAACAUCAGCAGACGGUACUGUGAACCUGAUGGUAUGGCAUUGCAUCAUCCCUGGCAAGCAGGGGACUGAUUGGGAGGGUGGCCACUAUCCUCUAACGCUCCAUUUCAGCGAGGACUACCCCAGUAAACCACCCAAGUGUAGAUUCCCACAGGGCUUCUUCCACCCAAAUGUGUAUCCUUCAGGAACGGUGUGCCUCUCGAUUCUCAAUGAAGACAGCGGGUGGAGACCAGCCAUAACGGUGAAACAAAUACUAGUGGGGAUACAGGACUUGCUAGAUCGGCCGAACCCUGCCGAUCCCGCUCAGGUCGAUGGCCAUCAGCUCUUUAUUCAGGAUCUAUCGGAGUACAGAAGACGUGUUCGACAGCAAGCCAAGCAGUAUCCCGCUCUUAUCUAGUCUUUCCGGUUCCUUGUUAUCCUUCUUGCUUCUCGAUAUGAUAAUAAUGUGGCGACAUAACCUCCUAAAUGCAUAUAGCCUAAUAUUCUAUGGA